AUGUGUGCUGGCCUGCCAACAUUGCAGGAUGGCAGACCACCCAUGCAGGAGGGCUGGCCACCCCUGCAGGAUGAAAGGCAACCACUGCAGGAUGUCAGACAACCACUGCUGGACAGCAGGCCACCACUGCAGGACUGCCUGCUACCACUGCAGGAUGGUAGGCCACCACGGAAGGUGGGCAGGCCACCACUGCAGAUGGGCAGGCCACCACUGCAGGAUCGCAUAACACCACUGCAGGAGGGCAGGAAACCAUUGAAGGAUGGAAGACCACCACUGCAAGAUGGCAGACCACCACUGCAGGAGAGCAGAUCACAACGGCAGGAUGGCAGACAACCACUGCAAGAUGGCCUACCACCACUGCAGGAUGGCAGACCACCACUGCAGGAGAGCAGGCCACCAAUGCAGGAUGGCAGGCCACCACUGCAGGAUUGA